AGGGUUCAGCCUUGCAGAUUCCUACUGCCUGUCUUUUUUGCCAUUCUCUUUGUCUUGAGCAGAGAACUACAGCGGAAGGCUGGCUUUCUCUGUUAUGAAGAUCUUCCAGUAAAACUGAAACUGAGGAGAUAAAGCUACAGGGACACACCGCAGCUCCUGUCUGUGUCUUACAGCCCUUUAAUUGAAUUGAAUUGAAUUGUAUUUUAUUGUUUCACUCUAGCAAUUAGAAACAUGAGGAUCAUCUGCUUCUUGCUGCCGUAUCUUUAUCUAAUCUCAUUUUGCAUUGCGGAAGAAGGGCUUGAAUUUCCCACUUAUGAUGGAAAGGACCGAGUGAUAGACAUUGAUGCAAAAAAUUACAAGAAGGCGCUGAAGAAGUAUGACAUGCUGUGUCUCCUCUACCAUGAGCCCAUUCCUUCCAGCAAGGAGUUGCAGAAGCAGUUUCAAAUGACCGAGCUGGUGUUGGAGCUCGCUGCCCAGGUUCUGGAAAAUAAACACAUUGGGUUUGGAAUGGUAGAUUCAAAGAAAGAUGCCAAAGUGGCCAAAAAACUUGAUCUGAACGAGGAAGGCAGUGUCUACGUGUUCAAAGCUGAACGUGUCAUUGAGUUUGAUGGAGAACUCGCUGCAGAUGUCCUUGUUGAAUUUCUGUUAGAUCUGAUGGAAGAACCAGUGGAGUUCAUCAGCAACCCCUCAGAACUCCGAGCCUUUGACAACAUCGACCAGGAGAUAAAACUCAUUGGCUAUUUCAAAAACGAAGAUUCAGAACAUUUCCAUGCUUUUGAAGAGGCAGCUGAGCACUUCCAGCCUUACAUUAAAUUCUUUGCAACAUUCGACAAAGGAGUUGCAAAAAAACUUACUUUGAAAAUGAAUGAGGUUGACUUUUAUGAAGCUUUCAUGGAAGACCCAGUUACCAUUCCUGGAAAGACACACACUGAAGAGGAAAUUGUGGAGUAUGUGAAUGAACACAAAAGAGCUACUCUUAGAAAGUUACGUGCACAAGACAUGUUUGAGACCUGGGAGGACGAUUUGGAUGGAUCCCACAUUGUUGCCUUUGCUGAAGAGGAAGACCCUGAUGGUUUUGAGUUCCUGGAGAUUCUGAAAGAAGUGGCCAGAGACAACACCAACAACCCUGACCUCAGUAUUUUGUGGAUUGACCCAGAUGACUUUCCAUUGUUAAUCGCUUAUUGGGAGAAGACCUUCAAAAUUGAUCUCUAUAAACCCCAAAUCGGAGUGGUGAAUGUUACUGAUGCUGAUAGCGUGUGGAUGGACAUCACAGAUGAUGAAGACCUGCCCACAGCUCAGGAGCUGGAGGACUGGAUUGAGGAUGUGUUGUCUGGGAAAGUGAACACUGAGGAUGACGAUGACGAUGAGAACGAUGAUGAUGAUGACGACGAUGAUGAUGAUGAUGAUGACAAUGGUGGUGAUGAUGAUGACGACGACGAUGAUGACGACGACGAUGAUGAAGAUGACGAUGACGACGAUGACGACGACGAUGACGAAGACGACGAUUAAUUUAUUAACUGUGUAUCUAUGACAGGAUCUUUCAUCACAGACAUUAACAAAUACUUCGACUUACAGUCUGUGCUGGAGUCUGCUGCUUAGAAAGGAUUCCUUGGCCAGCGGCAGCAAGUUCAGAAAAAAUUCCACCGUGAAUGAUUUUAUAGACAAAACAGUUUUGUACAUUUUGUACUUUCACUCUUUUAUCCUAUUAUUGUUUAGAUUUCUUCUUUAAAUCCAUUUUUUAAAAGUUAAAAACAAAUAACAUCUUGUUUACUGAAGUAACAAAAUAAUUACCAGUUAGAAAAGGGUCUCAGAAUCAGAAAUGUAAUUUUGUCAAUUAUCACAUGAAAACAAAAACAUUAUUUUAUAUUUUAAUAAUAUAAAAUAUAUGUUUGAGAAUAAGCAAAAUCUCUCUUUGGAACUGAGAUAGUAAAUAUGAAACUUUAGAAAAAAAAUAGCUUUAGGGACAAAUGUCUUGAGUCGGUCAUGUCUAUGACAGUUGAAUAAUAUAAUAAUGAAUUCUGUCAAAGCUAUAGUGUAUAUUUUAUUUUGAACUUUGAGAAAGGAGUGGUAUGCUAAAAAAGUGCACAGAAUGACACUGGUAAACCAACAACGAUAAGCUCAAUCAUUUUUAUAAUGUACUGUAAUAUCGACUUCUAUUUGUUUACGCCCAACGCAAAACGCAACUACAGUGUAAGCAGUAAAAACGCUCUAUAUAUGACACAUUAGAGUUAAAAUACUAUAGGGUUAAAAUACAUAUCACAUCUGUGUGUCACACAUAUUUAAAUAAGGUUUUUUUUUUGUAAAAUAAGGUUUGAGAGGUAGUUGUUAAGGUAGUCAUGAGUAUCAAACUGUAUUUUAUUCAUUAAAAAAUCUUUAAAUACCUCAUUUGAAUAGGGCCUAAUAUGUUAAAGUCACAGUCUCCAAUAUUGUGCCAAAAAACAUUUAUGCCAUUUUCUGACCAGAGAUGCUUAUUUUGAAUGUCUAGUAUAACAAUAUAUUUUCAAAGACAAGUCAAACAGUAUAGAGUAAAAGAGUAAGGCUUCACUAUUGUUCUGUUGACAUCUAUAGCCAAAUAAAUCAUGUGAAUGAAGCUUCAUACCUUGCAUCCUACUCACAGAGAUCCCUUAUGAUCCAUCAAUGUACAUGUUUUGGAGAUUUGAUUCCUGUGAAACAUUGUUAUCUCUCUUUCUUGUUGAAAGCAUGCUAGGGAAAUUGGCCAUCUAUUGUCAGGAAUGUACCUUAAUAAUAAAAAAAAACCAAAAACAAAUAUAAACUACAA